AUGAGAAGAACCUCUGGGAAAAAGAUUUUGACUGAUAACGACAAAAGAGCCAUCGUUGUGGGUCGUCAAAAUGGACUGACCAUGAUGACGUUGGCAGGAAUGUUCGGCGUGGCAGAGGCGUGCAUUUCUCAGUUCCUGAAGCGUUGGAAAGCUCAAGAUGGCACUAUUAAGAGCCAACGCACUGAAAGACCACGUGUCAUUGAUCGUAACGGGGAUAGAAACAUUUUGAAGACGCCUAGAACCAAUCCAAGACUCACCGCCCCUGCGAUCAGACGGGAAGUUUUCUCGAAUUCGCCAUCUCCGCCAUCCGUCUCGACCGUGAAACGACGUCUCAAUGCUGCUGGAAUCAUGGGAAGACGUGCAGUGAAAAAACCGCUGAUUUCUGAAAAGAAUCGAGCCGGCAGGGUGAAGUGGGCGAAAGAGCAUCUCAACUGGACCCGUCAAGACUGGAACAAGAUUCUGUCGUCCGACGAAACGGUCCUCCACCAUGUUUCACAAAGGGUAAUUGGUAUUUCGGAUGAUAUCUGGACCCAAUUGGUCUACGAACUCACUGAAUUCCGUCACUUCCGAAGAGGAGGAACUUGCUUUCGUCGGACGACAGAAUCUUGUUCCAGUCUUGACGGGUCCAGUUGAGAUGCUCCUUCGCCCACUUCACCCUGGCGACUCGAUUCUUUUCAGAAAUCAGCGGUUUUUUCACUGCACGUCUUCCCAUGAUCCCAGCAGCAUUGAGACGUCGUUUCACGGUCGAGACGGAUGGCGGAGAUGGCGAAUUCGAGAAAACUUCCCGUCUGAUCGCAGGGGCGGUGAGUCUUGGAUUGGUUCUAGGCGUCUUCAAAAUGUUUCUAUCCCCGUUACGAUCAAUGACACGUGGUCUUUCAGUGCGUUGGCUCUUAAUAGUGCCAUCUUGAGCUUUCCAACGCUUCAGGAACUGAGAAAUGCACGCCUCUGCCACGCCGAACAUUCCUGCCAACGUCAUCAUGGUCAGUCCAUUUUGACGACCCACAACGAUGGCUCUUUUGUCGUUAUCAGUCAAAAUCUUUUUUUCCCAGAGGUUCUUCUCAUGUCUGAAAAACAUGAAAAAAACAUAUGGCAACAUUAUUACUUUUAAAACAUUUAAUAAAAAUAAAUAAAAAUAAAAGCAUAAAAAACAAAAAAAAUUGAAUUCAAAAAAAAAUUCCUAAAACGCGUCGCAGUGACUGCGGACAUGUCUUUGUAUACCGUAUAUGUUUUAAAGUAUAUUUUACAUAAUCCCUGAAAGUUAUAUAUAAAUCGGAUGAGUACUCGCUGAGAUAUCCUCAAAAAACCAAAACUUAAUAUACUUUUGAGCGGUACUGUAUUUGGUCAUUUUUAACCAAAAAGUUCCAUCUGACGCUAUCUCGUAAAAGAUUCCAAUUUUCUGAAGGCUCCUGAAAUUAUCAUUUUGCGUAUGUCGCGAAAUUAUUUUAAAACGAAACGAGAGAUUUUCUUGAACCGCUAAUUUCAACACGGCAUCAAUGAGAAUACUCUGGCAGAAAAUUUGCCUGAAAUUCCCGAUUCGGGCCUAUUAUUUACUUUUUUCGUCAUAAGUGGUCCCUUUCAAAAUCUAAAUUUUUUUUCUAGGAUUCUGGAGAAACGAUUCGAAUCGUGGCACUCGAUCGAGACUAUCACCUGGAAUGCUACAGUUGCGAGGUGAUUGUCAGAAAAUUCUAGAAAAUUCUGUUUUUUUUUCCAUCUGAGAGAGGUUGCUAAAAAAAGAGUAGAUUUCAAUUUUGACGGUAGAUUAAUGAGUUUAAAAACAGUGUCAAAGAAAGAAAAUGAAACUUCUUAAGGUAUUCUUUUUAAACUUCCAUAUUUUUGAAAGUAUCUUUCACAGAGCAGAAGCUUAAGUGCACUCUAGUGGUCACUUGACUAAUUUCGCCUGAUUUUAGGUCUCUAUUGCCACUGAAUUCCUUUGAAGACCUUAUCACACUCAUUUUAAAGAAAAUAAUCAAAAUGACCUCAGAACUGCGGAAUCGGCCUGAGCGACGAGUCGCGUCCUUGCUUCCCCCUGAACCAGCGUCUCUACUGUGAGCAAUGCCAUUUGAUUUGCGCCAAUCGACGCAGCCGAACCCCGCCCCCAAUAACUGAUCUUUAG